UCCAUUUGUAGCAAGGGCCAUAUCUGUAUCUGAACAACAAAGGCAAGCAGAGGUGCACUUCAAGCAAGGGCUCAUAAGCAACCGCAACGAUGAACGGCACAGAGGGUCCCGACUUCUACGUCCCCAUGUCGAAUGCGACUGGGGUGGUGCGAAGCCCCUUCGAAUACCCACAAUACUAUCUUGCUGAACCAUGGAAGUAUUCGGCACUGGCAGCCUACAUGUUUUUUCUUAUCCUCACUGGCUUCCCCAUCAACUUCCUGACCCUGUAUGUCACCAUCCAGCACAAGAAGCUGAGGACCCCUCUAAAUUACAUUCUAUUAAACCUGGCUGUGGCUGAUCUGUUCAUGGUUUUCGGAGGCUUCACCACAACAAUGUACACAUCGAUGAAUGGCUACUUUGUCUUCGGGACCACUGGGUGCAACAUUGAAGGAUUCUUUGCUACCCUCGGAGGUGAAAUCGGUCUGUGGUGCCUGGUGGUGCUGGCUAUUGAGAGGUACAUAGUUGUCUGCAAGCCCAUGAGCAACUUCCGAUUUGGUGAAAACCAUGCCAUCAUGGGAGUUGUAUUCACCUGGAUAAUGGCCCUGUCUUGUGCUGCUCCACCUCUUUUCGGAUGGUCCAGGUACAUCCCAGAAGGCAUGCAGUGCUCAUGCGGAAUUGACUAUUACACUCUGAAGCCUGAGGUGAACAACGAGUCCUUUGUGAUCUACAUGUUCGUUGUCCACUUCUUCAUUCCACUGAUCAUCAUCAGCUUCUGUUAUGGCCGCCUGGUCUGCACUGUCAAGGAGGCUGCCGCCCAGCAGCAGGAGUCUGAGACCACCCAGAGAGCUGAGAGGGAAGUCACCCGAAUGGUCAUCCUCAUGGUCAUCUCCUACCUGGUAUGCUGGACUCCUUAUGCUAGUGUAGCCUGGUACAUCUUCACCCACCAGGGAAGUCAUUUCGGCCCUGUCUUCAUGACAACCCCAGCUUUCUUUGCCAAGAGCUCUGCCCUUUAUAAUCCUCUCAUCUACAUUCUCAUGAAUAAGCAGUUUCGUCACUGCAUGAUCACAACCCUUUGCUGUGGCAAGAACCCUUUCGAAGAGGAAGAAGGCUCUGUUUCCGCGUCCAAGACAGAGGCUUCCUCUGUAUCCUCCAGUUCUGUCUCUCCAGCAUAAAAAACCUCUCUUCAAAGCGACUAACAAAUACAUCGUCAACGAAAUAUAUUUCUGCUCCCGGUACCGACUGAAUGCUAUAUGUCUACAGAAAUAACAGAAUUAACUUUUUUUGUAUUUUUUACAAAGCAGUUUAUUAAACCAAAAGACUGUUAAACCCGAGGACGGCACAUUCUGUCCAAAUGACUGUUGUUUCUGUAUGUGCAGUGAGUCCAAUAUAAUGAUGUAUAAGAUAUUUUUAGGACAAAGGAAAAUACCUUAAAACCUUUAUAGUUGGACUUUAUCUGUAAUCAGCUUUAUCUGAUUGUAGAGGCAUGUAAUCAAUGCAACGUAAAAUAAACAGCACUUUGCAAAUGUAUAA